GCUUCGCCUCAGUGACUAUGCCCGUUACUGGUACAACGUCUUAGGCAAGGACUGGUAGUCAUCUAACAGUACUAUGCAAUCCUUGACUUACCAGAUACGAUCGGUCGAUGUGCUCCGUCUCUGAUUGGGAAUACCAUAAGAGACCAUACAGUGUAUCAAGACCUUUGGAAGAUAUAUAAGAGUAGGUAGAAACAAGUGCAACGGAUCAGCAUCAAAGCAACAACACUCGCUACCAGCCUCUCAAUUCCUCCAAGAUGUUUACAUCCGCACUCCUCCUUGGCGCCGUCGCCGUCCUUCUCGACACAGCAUCCGCCCACGGCUUUGUCAAGGGUGUCAACGUAAAGGGCACCUUCACCAACGGCUCCGACCCCGUGUGGUACUAUUCCUCAAAGGACAGCCGCCCCCAAACUGCAGGCUGGGAUGCGUUGAACCAAGACAUCGGUUUCGUCGAGCCUGCAUCUGCCGGCACAGCGGACGUGAACUGCCACAAGAGUGCCACUGCGGGACGCCUCUACGCUAACGUCAAUGCGGGAGACACCAUUGAGUUUGAGUGGUUUACCUGGCCUGAUAGCCACAAGGGGCCGAUUAUCAACUACAUCGCGCCUUGCAACGGCGACUGCACCACUCUGACGCCCAGUGCUCUCCGCUGGUCCAAGAUCUCUCAAUCCGCCAUCGUCAGCCCAGGAACUUGGGUUACAGACACGCUCAUCGAGAACAACUUCAAGGUCUCUACUGUCCUUCCCGCCAAACUUGCUCCUGGCAACUACGUCAUUCGCCAUGAGAUUAUCGCUCUCCAUGGUGGGCAGAACGUGAAUGGCGCGCAGCUGUACCCCCAGUGUAAGAACCUUCAUCUCGAGGCUGCUCUCAAUGUAAAAAAUAAUAAAACGCUAAACGUUACUGUAGGCUUGAACCUCAAGGUCGGCGGUAGCGGUUUGGUCGCACCAACGGCUGGCGUUCCUGGUACUAGCUUGUACACGAAGGACAUGCCGGGUAUUGUAUUCAACAUCUACACCAACCCUACGACUUACACGUUCCCUGGUCCUGCGCUGUGGACUGCUGCUAACUAGGCGUUGGCGUCAGACAUCUGUGCUCGCAAGGACAGGCUUGAAGGGCUAUGGGCUGUUGCGCGGUGGCUGUGGACUGGCGACCUGGGACUGACGACUGACAUUGUCAACGGCGGGCGGGUGCUGAUGAGUUCUCUUCGUGUUUAUACUUGGUUGUCUUGAUAUAUACAUAGCUCCAACAUUCUUUUUGUCGGAUUGGAUCUCGAAUUGCCGAUGAUCUUCAGGGAGCUCCGUUCAAUGUCUUGUGUAGGCC